AUGCCAAUCGCAAACCAAACACUUAGGUAUCCAUCAACGAUCAAGCGAUACAGCCAUCAAUCAUACGGCGGCGACGACAAUCCUCAGGGAGACCGACCCGCGUCUCGCAAAAGUCGCGACUUGGAGCAUCCUGGCCCUCCACCACCAGACGUAAGCAAAGACUCAGCCGAAUCCAACCCUUCCUCGAAGAAACAAUCAGAGAAACAAGAGCAAGAGCAAGAGCAAGCAAAACAUGAAGACCUCUACCAGAAAAAGCAACCGUCCAACAAAGCACGACCAACCCUUAGCUCGGGUCGCGAAUCGCCAAAUGUCGACGAACAGGGCAAUGUUCGAGACGAUGUGCCGGAGGACGUAAAACGGCACAAUCGUGAGAUGGAACAGAGGCACGAUAAGGCGUACAAUCAGAUUGGGGAUGAAGGGAAAGUUAAUAAAGGGUUCUGGAAGGGGAAUGGGGAGAGUUUGACGGAGGAGCAAGGUGGUGGGAGGGCGCAGCGAUAG